GGGAUGCACAAGCGAGGCAGCAGCGGGCGGCACUCUUCAGCGCUAUGGAACAAUUCGACGAAGCUGCGAGUGGAAGACAUUUUCCAAGUUGGAGCGAGGUCAUGAAAUAUUAGAGAGGAACCAAACGAGGACCUUAAGAAGAAACUUCCGUCUUCGAAUGAAUCGCUCAGCAGGGACACCGAGGAGAGGGACACGUUUUUACCUCAAAGAAAAUGUGUGAUGAGAAGACGCUGUCGUUGACAAAUGCGAGGCAGACCUGAGCUCAAAUUGCAUCCCGGUCCAGCAACAGAACUUUCAUGGUUGGCACCGCCCGUCCCAGCCUACAUUACUGCACCAGCAGACAAAGACUGAUGAUCACCAUUGCCAUGGGGGCGGUGCGAGUCAACAGAUACAGCAUUGUUUCCACAGACGAGGACGCCCUGAAGAUCUCAGCCCUGAGCCUCCAUAAUGGCCACAGUCCUCUGACUCAGCAGACCCUGACGGGAUCCUGCAUGCAUGCUGAGGAUGAAGGAGCGGUAAAAUACCCCGGGGAACAAGAAGGACGUGGGGCUUUGUCUCUGAGACCGACGGACGACUCCAUGGUCCCCAACAGCAGCCGCGCUUCGCCGUCCUGUCGACAUGUCGGCUUCGACUUGGGCACGGGUCGCCUCCGCAGUCGGUUUGUGAAGAAGAACGGCCAGUGUAACGUGGUCUUUGAUAACAUGGAGGAUAAACAACGCAGAUACCUGGCUGACAUUUUCACCACCUGUGUGGACAUACGCUGGCGCUACCUGCUGCUCAUCUUCACCACCACUUUCCUUUUGUCCUGGUUGUUUUUCGGUGUGGUCUUCUGGGGAGUGGCGCUAGUUCAUGGAGACUUCGACCUCCACGCCGCCGUACAAGAAGGAGACUCUCCAAGCAAGGCGGAAGACGACCAGGACAAAUGGCGGCCAUGUAUUCUGCACAUCCAGGGCUUUAUCGGAGCGUUCCUCUUCUCUAUAGAGACCCAAACUACCAUUGGAUACGGUUUUCGGUGCGUCACGGAAGAGUGCCCAGUGGCUGUGGUGACCGUGGUUGUGCAGUCCAUCGUGGGCUGCAUUAUUGAUUCCUUCAUGAUAGGUACCAUCAUGGCCAAGAUGGUGCGGCCCAAGAAGCGGGCUCAGACCUUGCUCUUCUCGCAUCAUGCCGUCAUCGCGUUACGAGACGGGAAGCUGUGCCUGAUGUGGCGCCUGGGGAACAUGCGUAAGAGCCACAUCGUCGAGGCGCAUGUCCGUGCCCAGCUCAUUAAGCCCAAAGUAACUGCUGAGGGCGAGUACCUCCCUUUGGAGCAAACAGACAUAGACGUCGGUUAUGACGACGGUCUGGACCGACUAUUUCUAGUGUCACCGCUGGUGGUGGUCCACGAGAUCAACAAGAGCAGUCCUCUGUACGAUCUGAGUAGCACAGACUUACAGAAGGAAGACUUUGAGAUUGUGGUCAUCCUGGAGGGAAUGGUGGAGGCCACGGCAAUGACUACCCAGGCUCGUAGCUCCUACUUAGCCAAGGAGAUAUUAUGGGGUCAACGCUUUGAGCCGGUGGUCUUUGAGAAGGGGAACCGCUACCAUGUGGACUACUCUCGCUUCCACAAGACGUACGAAGUGCCAUCCACCCCUCACUGCAGUGCCAGGGAGCUCAGCCAGAAGGCGGGCAGCGGCGGUCCGCCCUCGUCUUCAGCAUCGAGUUUCUCCAGGUCGCCGUCACCGUUUGCUCCGAGGGCGGCCCGCCAAAUCCUGGGCCUCCACUCCCCGAGCGCCUUCUGUUACGAAAACGAGGUAGCACUUUGCUGCGGGGAUGAUGACGAGGAGGAGGAGGAGAACAGGGAGUCGGGAAGCCUAGAAGAGGCAAAGUUGCGAGGAGAAUUUCACCUGGGCCUCAAGGAGACAUUUGUAAAGGAGCAGAUGGUUGAGAUGCUCUGCAUGCUGGACACCGACAAUCAGAUCAGUCUUGACAAACUACAGCCCGGUCUACCUUUAUACAUCAGUCGAGAGUCUGGAGUCUGAAGCCAGUCACCAGUCAAGACCUCCUUUUUGUUUCCUCUCAAUAUCCGAGUCCUUUGAACUCAUCUGGAACGAAAGGUUCAGGAAGGAUGCAACAUUUUUUGCUGCUUUCUCUCAAACUCAUGUCUUGGCUUCAGCCAAAAAACUGUGCUGGUUUCAGGAAUUGUACAUUCUCUUCUAGGUAACAACGACUAUGGAUUUAUCUCCAGUGACAAGAACUAUAACUGCACGAGCUCUGAGGAAACCAAACUUGCAUUUUGUAAAUAUAGUGUGCUUUCAUUGCAGAUACAGUGGUACCUCAACUUGAGAGUGUUCUGAGAUAAGAGCUAAUUGUAAUGCGUUAAAGGGGACCUACUAUGCAAAAGCAACUUUUCUUAACGAUUGGUACAUGUUUUUGUGUAUUUGGGAUCUGCAUAAGUCCCGAAAAGGUGACAUACACCAUGGAGGCAUGGCGGAGAUGUUUAUAAAACAAUCUUGCCUUCCUUCAUACUUCCUCCAAACGAGCUGUUUGGAAUUUGCACACGUUCUUACCAGGUGUGACGUUCGCAGAUGUACCCAUAUAUGGUAGAGAUUUACCCGAAGAGAUUUGCGCGAGUCCGCCAUUUUAGUAUGAUGUUGUAGUCAAUAAGUUCCUUCUUAUUCGCGGGCAAACUGGCUCGUACAUGCACGUGCAUCCUCGGCGAUUGCCAUUUCUGAUACAAAGUAGCGAACAGUUGUAACUGAGGCUGCACGAUGGAAUUGUUUUAUAAAACAAUUUAUUGAUUAGUGAUUAGGCAAUUUCCCAUUUUGAAAUGACUAUAACUACAUUCUAAGUGAAUAUUUAAAUGUCGGUCAGUGCCAAGGAGUAUUAGGGCCAUACAUAAAAAAAUAGAUUUAUCUUUAUUAAAUACAUUUUUUUUUAGCACAAAAGUCAUAGAGAAUAAAAUGUUGAUUUUGUUUGAGGAUAGAAUUCCAAAAUAAUAAUAUAUAAAGAAGUAAUCUGACUAAAACAAAGUCAUAUUUUCACAGGAAAAAGUGAUGAAGUGGUAUUUUCAAAAACCUUUUUUUUUUUUUUUUAAAGAGAUUUUGCAAAAAAAUAUGUAUUUUUUGCAUCCUACCGAUGUUUUUCUCAAUAAAUAAAUGUCUGUCUCCCAUGUUUUUCAUUCCUAAAUUACAAUUUAUUUUGCGAUUUAUGACCUUUUAAAGAAAAAAUAUUACUUGGCGGUUACAUUUUAUUUUCGUACGAUUAGAACUACUUAAGAAAAAAAUGACAAAAUGUUUUUAUUCUUUAAGACGACAAUUAUCGAAAAAUAUCACCUUUUGAUGCACCCUUUUAA